AGGGAGGAAAAAACGAAAAUGGCAUCAGGGACAGUAAUGAACGCCUCUCCUGCGGGAGGGUCAAACGAUGUGAGCCUGGAGGAACCGAAGAAGAUGACAAGGGAAGACUGGAGGAAGAAGAAGGAAUUAGAAGAACAAAGAAAAUUAGGAAAUGCACCUGCUGAGGUGGAUGAAGAAGGAAAAGAUAUCAAUCCUCAUAUUCCCCAGUACAUAUCCUCAGUGCCAUGGUACAUUGAUCCUUCUAAAAGACCUACACUAAAGCAUCAGAGACCUCAGCCAGAGAAGCAGAAGCAGUAUAACUCCUCUGGAGAUUGGUACAAACGAGGAGUUCAAGAGCAUGCUGUAGCAACUAGAUAUCGUAAAGGAGCUUGCGAGAACUGUGGUGCAUUGACACACAAAAAGAAAGACUGCAUGGAGAGGCCCAGGAAAGUUGGAGCAAAAUACACAGGCAUGAAUAUUGCACCAGAUGAACAUGUGCAGCCUCAGCUGAUGUUUGAUUAUGAUGGAAAGCGAGACCGUUGGAAUGGUUAUAACCCAGAGGAGCACAUGAAGAUUGUAGAGGAAUACGCCAAGGUUGAUCUGGCCAAACGUACACUGAAAGCCCAGAAGCUUCAGGAAGAGUUAGCAUCCGGAAAGCUGGAGCAAGUGAACUCCCCAAGACACCAGUGGGGAGAAGAGGAACCAAACUCACAGACAGAAAGAGAUCAUAACAGUGAAGAUGAAGAUGAAGAUAAAUAUGCAGAUGACAUUGAUAUGCCUGGGCAGAACUUUGACUCUAAAAGACGUAUCACAGUUCGAAAUUUACGUAUUCGAGAAGAUAUUGCAAAAUACUUGAGGAAUCUAGAUCCAAACUCUGCUUACUAUGAUCCCAAAACAAGAGCAAUGAGGGAGAACCCGUAUGCCAAUACAGGCAAGAAUCCAGAUGAAGUUGGUUAUGCAGGUGACAACUUUGUUCGCUAUACUGGAGAUACCAUUUCAAUGGCACAGACUCAGUUGUUUGCUUGGGAGGCUUAUGACAAAGGCUCUGAAGUUCAUCUUCAAGCAGACCCUACAAAGUUAGAGCUGCUUUAUAAAUCCUUCAAAGUAAAAAAAGAAGAUUUCAAGGCACAGCAGAAAGAAAGCAUCCUAGAGAAGUAUGGAGGUCAAGAACAUCUAGAUGCCCCACCAGCUGAACUGCUGUUAGCUCAAACAGAAGAUUACGUGGAGUACUCCAGGCAUGGAACGGUCAUCAAAGGACAAGAGAAAGCUAUUGCUUGCUCUAAAUAUGAAGAAGAUGUGAAGAUCAACAACCAUACGUGCAUUUGGGGUUCAUACUGGAAAGAAGGCAAAUGGGGUUACAAAUGCUGCCACUCAUUUGUCAAGUACUCCUACUGUACAGGAGAAGCUGGGAAAGAAAUUGCUAACACUGAAGCAAGCUCACUGGAAGAGCAACCCAGGGAGGAAGAGCACACGACAAAACCCAAAACACUGAUGGAGAUCCACCAAGAGAAACAGAAAGAAAAGAAAAAGAAGAAGCACAAGAAGAUCUCAAAUUCAGAUAGUGAGGGUGAAGAGAAAAAGAAGCAAGAAAAACUUAAAAAGGCACUAAAUGCAGAAGAGGCUCGUCUUCUCCACGUUAAAGAAAUCAUGCAGCUAGAUGAGAGGAAAAGACCAUACAACAGUAUAUAUGAUCCCAGGGAGCCAUCAGAAGAGGAAAUGGAAGCCUAUAGAAUGAAGCGUCAGAGGCCUGAUGAUCCCAUGGCCUCUUUUCUCAGACAGCAGUCACAGUGA